GAAAGCAAAUGGCAAAGUUAACCUUCGAGAAAUUGCGGUGGCUGCUAACAAAUUAGUUGGCAACUGGAAACAUUUUGCUUCUACAUUGGCACCGGCAAUGUUUCGUUUAUCAGCAAUUGACAAAAUAGCGUCAGAUCGCCAAGUACCGUUCGAUCAAGCUUACGACAUGUUGACACAGUGGACAAACAAAGCGAAACAAGGAGCAACUUGCCAUUUAAUGAUUACAACCUUCUUAGCGAUGUCUAUGAAAGCAGAUGCUUGUGAAAUAUUUGGAGAUGAUCUUGUUGAGUUUGUUGCUACUGCACGUUCUGCUGCAAGCUCUUAUGAUUUGGUGUCCAUUUCUCUGAGUUCCGAAGGCAGACGCAUGUACGAAGAAGCUUGCAAGAAGGGCAAGGUCAGAGUAAUUCGCGUGCUAUGUGAUGUCAUUGGUGAGGAGGACGCAGGCAAGUCUUGUCUUGAAGAUUCAAUGAUGGACAAACCAUUUAUUAAAAAUCGACCAAGUACCAAUGGUGUGAAGCUCAGGGUGAUGACACAUGCGAUUGGUGACAAAGCCGACUGGAGGGAAUUGAAGGACGAAAAGGAGAGGCAAAAGCAGAUCAGCCGAUUGUUCGCAAAAGAAUACGUUCAACGCAGUCAAGAAUCGGAAAGCAAGACGCCAAACCAUCAAAUCAACACUGAAGUAGCAACAGCGGAAGAGGAAGUUGCAAAUGAUGACUUCGCCACAAGUAGCACUUUGGCAAGUCGUUAUGUAGAUAUUGCAUCAGAAGUUCAUGUUGCUGAGCAUGAUAUUGAUGCUGCGGAAAGUGAUAAAUAUGUGGAUUUUCAAAGUGCCAAAGAAGUAGACGAAGACGUACAAGAGGCUAUCUCUAUGAUGGAAAAAGACAAAGAAGAGAUACGCAAGUGCGAAGAUAUGGUUAUAGUCACGAUGAUGGACAGAGGAGGUCAAGAUCAGUUUCUCUCUACCCACGCCGCUCUCAUGGCCGACAACGCAUUUCAAUCCACCGUAUGUCUAUUGGUUUUUGAUGGCUCGAAACCAUUGGAUGAAAAGGUGUCUGAAUCUAAAUUUCGUCUUUUAGAUGGAACCUACAUUUCUAAGCCACGUGAUAUUGCGACCUCAAGAGCCGACCUAAUCCGUUACUAUUUUACGGCACUUUAUGCUGCGUUUCCGGCUGGUAGAACGCGUAAUAAGUAUUUUGGCAAAGGACGUGGUAAGGGGCGUGUCAAUGGUCCUCCAGCAACCUUUCUUGUUCCUACCAGGAAAGACAAAACGCAAGGCAAAGGCGAUUUUGUCGAACGACAAGAACGCAUUGUACGAGAAAUUAUUGAUGAAGUGGGGUUUGGUGAUCGCAUUGUGUCGUUUGGCGAGGAUCCAUCUAAAUACGAAAUAUUGUUUCACGUGGACAACAAGAAAUCGGGAACUGGCGAUCCGGAUCCAACUAUUGUUCUUAUCAAGAAAAUGAUCAUUGAAAUGGCUCAAGAAUAUUGGAGUGACGAAGACUCAAUCCCAUUGCCAUGGGCCAUGCUCGAUAAAGGUCUCGGUCGCCUGCAAAUGGCUGGUCAUAGAAUUCUCGAUAUUCGGGACGUUUACAAAUUAGCUGCUAGAGUAUGCGAUAUCUCGUCCAAGGAGGAGUGUACACGAGCACUGCGAUACCUUUGCAGUCUUGGAUCGAUUGGAUUUUACCAUAAUGUUGCUAUUCUCAAAGACAAUGUACUUCCCAACCUUCAGUGGGUUGCUGAUGUUUUGGCAAUAUUUGUAACGGUUCUGGAUAUAAAAAAUGUUCCCCCACGUUUGUCAAGAUCACUGAGACGGCUGCACGAUAAAGGAAUAAUGUCUUGGAAUCUUGCCCAGUUUCUCUUGCAGAAAGCCGAAGUAGAUGAAGCUAAUUAUAAAGUUAUUCUUAUGUUGCUGCAUCUGUUUGAUGUUAUAUCUGGAACAUAUUUUUCAUCGUCUAAGGUUACAGCUGAAGUUGCUAUUCAGUUCGAUCAGGACUUUUACGUUCCCUGCAUGGUUACCAAAGAUGUGAUUCAGACACGUUUCCAUUAUUUCUUAGCUUUAUGCUCACCUAAAUGGCCUCCGCCGCUUUUCUUUGUUUCAAAGGAAUUUAGCAGUUUCCUGAAGCCUCUCUUUUACCGUCUAGUGACUCGUAUGGUCAGCAGAUACGCGCAUUACGCACCAAAUCUCAGCAGAAAACAGGUGAUUCUUCAUCUCCAGAAAAAUGUGGAUCUCGAAUUGGUCUAUACAGAGAAGGCUGUCAUCGCUACCAUUUCUCCUCCGAGGCGCACACAGCUACCUGAUAAGAGCAUUCUUGGUCCACUUUGCAAUGAAGUUCGAGUGACUCUAGUAGAACAACUAACUGAGGCCAAGAAACGAGGAAUGGAUGGCUUUCAGUUUGAAGUUUUCAUUCAUGAUGCAGUUGAUGGAAAUCUGGAAGAUUAUGAUCCAGAAUCAUUGGCAUCACUCGCUAACUAUCCAGCGAAUGAAAUUCUUGUAAAACGAAAUGAGGACACCAUCGAAGCACCCGAACAUCUCGAUAUGUGGUAUUACAGCAGCUCUGAUGAAGAUUGCUCAGUAAGACUGCAGAAACGGGCUGCGGAAACAGUGGAUAAUCGUACCAUUUUGAAAGUUUCUACUGAAGUAGCUGGUGCUUGGGACUCGCUCGCAGGAUUCCUUGAUCCUAAUAUAUUUACAACUAUGAAAACUACGGAAAUAAGUAUAAGUCACAAAACACCGCAAUUGAGAGCCAAAGCGAUGCUGGAAAUGUGGCGCAACCGCUUAUGCGGCGAUGCAACAGUUUCGUGUCUAAUCAAAAAAUUAUGCGAUUUUGGGUUGAAGUUGCAGGCUACUGAAAUAUUUACAAGUGAUCUAGUUGACUUUGCUACAAGACCUGACUGAUGCAGUCAAUUUUUACACACUUGUCUUGACUUUAUCUAGCAUUUCUAUUUGUGUACAGUUAUAAAUGCAUGUCUGUAAAAUUUUACA